AUGAUCUACCUAAACUAUUGGAAUUAUCCGGAGAUUACAGCAUCUGGUCAGCCUGUAUUGCGUGAGAAUGAGAAAGAUAUUUAUGUCGAGCAAAAUGUUGGUCUUUAUCACGGAAAAUCAAAGAUCUUGAACAAGCAGACAGGGCGUUGCUAUUUAACCUCACAGCGGCUAAUUUAUAUUGAUGACUUAAUUAAUUCAGGCGAAUCUCUAUACCUAGAACUUGAUGAUAUUAAGGAUUUGCAAUACAGUUCGAAAUUCUUAAAACGGUCAGCUAGGAUUAUAAUAUUCCUGAAAAGAUAUUCAGGAUCUGAUUACAGGAAAAACAGGAGUGGUGUUAACCCCCAUUCAUCUGUUCAGAAGUCUACAUGGACGUGUCCAAUAUGCAUGGUCACAAACGAGUCAUCAGGGGAGUUGAAGGACCGUAUCCCACCUUGCUUAAAUUGUGGUGUCUCACCCGAUUAUAGUAUGGUAGCGAAUACUGUUGUAACAACGGUUAGCGAAACGGCUAAUAUUCAAGGGGGGCAGGCCGUCAAUACGUGUUCCGCCUGUACGUUCAUAAACCAUCCGCAGUUGGGAAACUGUGAGAUAUGUGGAACGAGGCUUGCCACUGCGAAACAGGCAUGGAAUAACAAUGCAGCAGGGUACCGGGAUACCAGGAUAAAGAUCCAACUAGAGUCGAGCUCCGGUUUAAAGGAGGGGGAUGCUCCGUUUGUCCAAAUCAGCUUUCAUAAAUCGGACGGACAAAUCUUCUUCCAAGCAUUGAGUAAGGUGCUGGAAAGUCUAGAGGACAGCCAACUGAAGCAUUUAUACAAUCAAAACCUAGUGUCAGUAAAUGGUGUGGCACUAAACAGUGAGUUAAUACUAAAUGAAAAUAAGACUAACCAGAUCGGCAUAGCGAGCUUGGAGAGAAGUAAAGAACAACAAAUUCUUAAGAAUGACAUUCUUUUGAACAAUGCAUUGACAGAUUUGAACAACUUAAUGGCGUUGGCUAAUGACAUAGAAAAUCUAUACAAGAAUGAUGGAGGAAACAGGGAUAAAGAGUUGCCACUUCUCAUUAUAGAUAGGGACAAGUUCCUGAAUAAAUCCGCCUUCUUGGAUGAGAUUUCCAGGGAAAUAUAUCAGCUUUUAAUAUCGGAGUUCAAAGACCAAAUGGAAACAAAUGGGGGGAUACUAGUGACAAUGGUAGAUCUGUAUGCUCUAUACAACAAAACAAUGAGAAUUGGCACUGGCUUCAUUUCUCCCCAGGAAAUGAGGGAAGCUUGUGAAAGGUUCCCCAAACUUGGGCUAACGGAAAUGAAACUCACGAAGGUGAAUAACCGAGUGCUUUGUAUUUCAUCCGGAAACUCAUUCGAAUUCAUCAAAAAGAAAAUCAUCAACAUUGCAGAAGUUACACCGGGGUCGGACUUAUUACAAAUAGCGCAGUCACUCAACCAGAACAACUCCAACACAUGGGCCAUAGGGAUUGUAAUGGAAGUCUUACAGAACUGCAUAACUGAAGGUGAUUUAUUAAUAGAUGAACAGAUUAGUGGGAUACACUAUUAUGUAAAUUCUAAGUGGACAAACGGCAAAAAACCGACAACGACUGAAUAA